AUGAACUCAAGCCUGUGGGACGUACGGCGCAGAGGGCCACCAUGACCCCUGCAGGGCCCCCGAAGAAGAGACCUCCACCUCCCCCUGGACUGCUCAUUACUGCUCGUGUGCAGCAUCUACAGGAUGAUUGACAGCUGCUCCUCCUGAACCCCAGGAUGCCUGUGGUUCUAGUGGGCGGGACAUCCUCCACCCACCACGUCGUACCUGUCGCCCUCACCUGCUCCUGGCUGCUCUUGCUCUUCCACGGCGCCUUCGGUCAGAAACCCGCCAAGCUGCCUCUGAUUGGCCGGAAGCCCUUCAUUGCCGCCUGGAACGCCCCGCUAGACAUGUGCACCAUCAAGUACAACGUCACGACCAACGCCGACCGCCUCUUCCACAUCCAUGGAAGCCCGCGUGCUGAUUGGACGGGUCAGAACGUCACCAUCUUCUACGCCAAUCGGCUGGGCUACUACCCUCACUACACGCCGAAGGGGGACGCUGUGCACGGUGGCCUGCCGCAGAACUGCAGCCUGGACCUGCACCUGUUCAAGGCCUACCAGGACAUCAACCACUUCAUCCCCGCUGAGGACUUCCGCGGCCUCGCCGUCAUUGACUGGGAGUUCUGGCGGCCUCAGUGGAACCGUAACUGGCAUAAGAAGGACAUCUACCGGCGCAAGUCGAGGGAGCUGACCGCCAAGGCAUACGUCAAUGUGACGGCGGCACAGGUGGAGGAGCUGGCACGCCGGCGGUUUGAAAAGAGCGCCAAGGCGUUCAUGCAGAGGACUAUCCAGCUGGGGACGCGCCUUCGCCCCAACGGCCUCUGGGGCUUCUACCUCUACCCCGACUGCCACAACUACAACCUGCACGAGCAGAACUACACAGGCUUCUGCCCCCUGCUGGAGAGGCUGAGGAACGACGAGCUGCUGUGGCUGUGGAACAGCAGCACGGCGCUCUUCCCCUCUGUGGCGAUCAGGAAGAGUCACACCAACAGCAUCAGCAACCUGCACUUCACCCAGCACAGGAUCCGAGAGUCGCUGCGCGUGGCCUCGCUGACCUCGAGGGAGUACGACCUCCCCACCUACGUGUACCUAAGGCUGGGCUACAGAGACGAGGCGCUGGCCUUCCUCACCAUGAAAGACUUGAUCCACACCAUCGGGGAGAGUGCUGCUCUGGGAGCUGCAGGGUUCGUCAUAUGGGGGGAUCUGAACCUGACCUCCUCCAGGUAUAACUGCACCAAGGUGAAAACCUUCCUGAGCCACCGCCUGGGUCAGUACAUCACCAACGUGACGCGAGCUGCGGAGGUCUGUAGCGACUUCCUGUGCCAGAGUAAUGGCCGCUGCGUCCGCCGGGACCCCCUCGCCCGUCAUUACCUCCACCUGAGCGCCGCCAGCUACCACAUCCAGCCCGCCAACGACGGGGACUUUGUCGUCACGGGGUGGCACACGCAGCACGAGCUGCAGCUGCUGACUGAGAGGUUUCGCUGCCACUGCUACGAGGGCCACGAGGGCGAGCGCUGCGACAGCAUCAACAAAGUGAGGGAGGACGACGCGCCGUGGCCCCCCCACGGCGAGGAGGACGAGCAGGAGAGGCGGAGGACGGAGUGGGAGGACGAGCAGGGUGAGAGGUGGGAGGCGGGGGAGAGCGGGACGCUGCUGCACCGCUGCAGCCUUCAGCUGAUGGGGCUGAUGCUCCUGUUGGUCAGGACGGCCGUAUGACAACACAGCUGUGCAGAUGUUACUUCUCAACACUCAGACAGAUGCUUUUCAUUUAAGAGGGAGAAAGACUUCGGCCGGAUCUGAACCCAGGACGUUACUGUUUUAGCUGAUGCACCCCCCCCCCCCUCUUUGAAAGAGCAGAUGUUGAUUAUCAUCAGUGAAUCUCGAGAUAUUCUUUUACUUAAUUAUCAUGUUGGCCUCGUCAGUGAACACAUCAGAUGUGUUCAGGGGUGCUUAAUAACUGCUGCUUCCAUGUGAGACAACGAAAACAAAUACUUCCAUCAACAUAUUUAUGUGAUUAACAAACACGAGCUUCACACAUGAACACAAAGCCAGAAUAAAUAAUGACUCCAAGUCUGCAGCCCUGCAGCUCUGAGGCUGUGUUAAGGUACGAAGCUAAAUGCUAACAUGCUGAUGCUAAGCGAGUAUAAUGUUUCACCAUUUUAGUUUAGCAUGUUAGCAUGCUAACACUUGCUAUGUAGCAAUACACACAAAGUACAGCUGAAGCUGACGGGAUGCCGUAAGUUCUGCCUAUAAACCAAAAUAUUGGAGAAAUUAGACUUUUAAUCUGAUGAUGAGGAUGAGCAAAGUUACUACAGUUAACCCUGAGGGGGGGGGGACAUUUCACUCAAAACCACCAAAGACGACCUCAUGGUGGCGUUACAGGAACAGACGGGGGGGUCACAUGUCCGAAGGGUUCGUCCUCUGGGAGCCAUGAACGUCACAUUUUAUGCUAAUCUUUGCUAGUUUUGCGUCGCUGGAGGCCAUUAGAGGAACGUCAGCUGACACACACACAGUCAGCUGACAGUGUUGAGAAGUUACAAACACUUAUGACGGCACUUUACCAGGUUUCUGAAGGUUUCUGGUUGAUUGUAAGUGAAGCUGAACUGGACUUCUGCAACAAUCUGCACGGCCUCUUCCGCCAACAACUGCAUCCGUUCUUCCAGGAAUGUUAAUAAAUAAAUGUAGAUAUUGUUUGUCAAAGUGUGGACGGAGUCGAGGAUCGGAUCCAGCUUCUACUUCUGGCUGUGGGAUGAUCCUCCAGUCUGUUGUCAGGAGGCUAAAUCUAUGAUCUGAAACCAAAGGGUGCUGCUGUGCCACUCAAGACAUGGCAUGAAACUUAACGAGCUGUUAUUUCACAUUGCAUUAUACAUGAAGUGUGUUUAUUUUGUACUGUUGCUGACAUUAUACUCUUCUAGUACAGCAUGUUGUAGGUGCUAUUAAUAUCAUCUGUAUUCUACAGAGAUUCCAGUACACGUAUAGAGGAUCAGGUUUGUUACUAUAUCUGAGCAGAAACAAAUCAACAGUGUCUCCUGAUGUCUGAAGCUCUGAGGCGGACGUGCAGCACUGUAGCUGACGAAACACUGAACAGGAUGUAAGACGGCACACACUGUAUCUACACGACUCAGUGGCUCUCUGUGGCUCCACGGUUCUGCAACGCCCACUUCUCACCAAAGUAGAAAGCUGCAUGAAGCGGGUCGGAGGCCUUUGAGUCCAAUACAGAGAAACGUUUCUCACCUGAUCGUUGUCUCUUUUUAUCUCUUUUAAUUGAAUUUGAUCGGGAACAUUUGAAGCUGGAGGCCGCAGAGCAGCGAACAGGAGGAAGUGUCGAGAUGAGAAAACAAUCGUCACUAAAUGUUCCUCGCUUCUUCUGGAGCUUCAAACCCUCAACCUUUAGGUAGUCGGGUCAGAAAAGGCUCGUUUUGAACUUCAGGAAAAGUCGGGUUUUUUCACGAGUAGCGCAAAAUGUGUCUUCAACCCAAUUCAUGCCCCCAGGAGCAGGUCUGUGUCCACUUUAUGUAUACACCACUCGUAAAACUCACUUUGAGCUCAGUAUGAACCCACAAAGUGUUAGAGACUGGCGUCUAAAAAAACAAAGUGUUCAGGGGUCCGGGAGCGUUUUAAAUCAAAGUGGAGGACCUGAGACCUCUUUUGGGAUCUGGCCCUCCCGAAGCUCCUCGUGAAGGUCCAGUUUCUUUAAAUAUCGACAUGCAGCGUCUGCAACACUGAUCCUGGAUUUAACUGAACCAGAACUUUCAUCUCAAACCUUCAGGUGACGUUCAGGUCUGAAGAGUUUCACUUCAUCAUGAUGCAGUUUGAUUCCUCUGCAGAUUGUAAACCAAAUAUGCAACGAGGACUAUGCAACACAUGGACAAUGUUACCUGAAUGGAAAUGCACUGCAAAUAAAGACGUUUUUUCAGAA